UUUUAGCACGGCAGCCAGAGGUUCACGUCGCUCUCUCGCUCCGUGUGUCCGCCAGAGCCAGAGCUCCAAUACGAAAAACGACGUAAAAAUCACCAUCAGCAGUAGCGCGCGUAAUUCAAAGUUAUCAUCGAAAUCCCAAUAGCAAUUAAUGGGAAAAAGUGCUCAAAAUAAUUAUUAUUAACAAAUUAAAUGUGUAACUAAAAUACGCGAUGCAAAUGCAACAAAUCUGAAUAUAAGUGAACAAAAAUUGGAUGCUAAAAGAACACAAGAAACAUUAUAAAGUUUAUAACUUUGAAUACAUUGAAAUUACCAAGAAAAUGUCAUCUGGUGUUCAGUGCUGUGUUGCCGCUUUGGUCCAGGCGGCAGGCUGCUUCUACUCGUACUGCUCCUGCUGUUCCUUGGGACACCUGCUGGCCGCCCUUUGAGACCGCCAAAGGAUUCGCCCACUCCCAGCGACUGAAACACACACACACACACAGUUGGAAAUAAACUACUACAAAAAGAACUUUAACUCCGUUCAACGUUUCCAUCCAUUGGAUAUAAACAUUGUGAACUUUAACUCAUCCUUGAGAACGGCCCAGCCGAAAAUGUGCACAGAGGUAAAUUCAGCGAUGGGUCUUCAAGCAACAGCCGCCACAAAGCGGAAGCAUGAGCUGACCUUUGACGGCAAGGAUGCCAAUACCACCUACACGGGCAACUGUGCCCCGCCCCCCCACAAGGCCAACAAAUGGGCCAUCAGCAACAACAACUACCUGGAAUCGCUAGAGGAGCAACAGCAGCAGCAGCAACAGCAGCAGUUGCAACAACAGGGAGAGACAACGACGACUGUCGAGUCGAACAACAAUCACAUCAUCAUUGUGGAUGCAGCAGAGCCCAAGUCGGAGAGCAGCAUCAUCUCCAUCUCCAUCUGCAAUGGUAGCGAAGUUACUAGCGUGAAGAGCCAGUCGGAGGUGCCACUGCCGCCGACGGCGAGUGCCGCGAUCCCAGAGGACAGCAUCGCCAAGCUGGAGGUGGUGGCCACCGUGCCCUGUGAGCCCUGGAGCGGUGCCUCGUCGGUCACUGUCACCAGUCCACCCUCUGUGAUUGGUGGCGGCGGCGCCGAGGAUUGCAUUUCCAAGUUGCAGGCUGUGGCCGUGCCGAGCGAUCCAUGGGGCAGCAUUGUCACACGCUCCACCCUGGCCACCACGCUCCUCAGCGCCGAUGAGCUGGACGACGACGAUGAUGACUUUGAGGAUGAUUACGAGGAGGAGGAGAGCAUCAUACCCACCUACUGCCCCAUGCGGUAUCAUCCGUUUGUGCCGCUGCCACAUCCGCAUCCGCACCAGCUGCCAGCGCAUCCCCAUCCCCUCCAGCAUCAGCAGCAGCAGCAGCAGGCGGUGGUGCAGCAGCAGCAGCACCAGCACCAGCAAGCCGUGGUGCAACAGCAACAGCAGCAGCAGCAGCAGAGGAGCAGCUAUGCCCCCGGCUAUGGCAACCGGCAGCCCAACUACUACUCGGAGCCGUUUCCGCAGCAGAAUUGCUCGCGGACCGGCGGCCCCCAGCACAUGACGCAGCCAACGCCCCAACAGGCGCAGCAGCAGCAGCCGCGAGGAUUCGCCCCACCCCAAUGGACCACGGGAUCAGCAGCGCCCACCUCGGCGGCGGGACAACAGUUCUACGAGAGCGGGAGUCCCAGUGGAGCGGCGCCCUCCUACCCCCAACAGCAGCCGGCGGCGCCACAACAGACGAUCCGCUGUGCGGAGAAUGGAAAAUCCUACCUGGAUCUGGGAUGCAGCAGUGCGGCAGCCGGUGCGGCGGCCACCAGUCCGUCGAUAGUCGCCUCGCCCAUUAGUCCGCCCCCCUCCACGGCGCCUGUGCCACCGUUUGCGGGACUUCCCCUGCAUGGCCUGCCCCUCAAGCGGUGCUGCGAUGGACGUGCCGGCGGCUGGUGCAGCGCCAACAGGAGCUGCUACAAGGACACGCGCCUGAAGAUACGCAAUUUGUCGAUGUUCAAGCUCUCCCGCUUCCGGCAGGUAUCGGAGCAAUCGCUCUACCGCUCGGUGCUCAUCUGCAACACACUGAAACGCAUCGAUCGGGAGAUUGAAGCGGAGGCCAAGGAGCUGCAUCAGGCGGCGCAACAACAUCACCAGCAGGCGGCGGCAGCAGCAGCAGCCGCAGCAGCAGCGGCUGCCCAAGCGGCGCAAUAUCAUCCGGCAUACCAGCAGCAGCAGCAACAGCAGCAACAACAACAACAGUCCCCGCCAGCGGCACAACUGCAUCCGCAUCCACAUGCCCAACAGCAGCAGCAGCAACAACAACAGUUGGAGUAUGCCCCAGUGCUGAAUUGUGCCCGUCUGGCCAAUAUGGAUCACUACCAGCAGCUGAAUUUCCAGCCGCAACAGCAACAGCAGCAGCAGCAACAUGGUGGAUACCACGAGAGAUUGGAGCCACAGCCAGCGGGGGCCUACAGGGGAGCAGUGGGUGCAGGAGGAGUCGUGGGCCUGGCAGGAUUCCAGGGGCAAGCCAACAACUGUGAUACGUCAGCGAGCAACAGCCAAUCUGCAGCAGCAGCAGCGGCAGCAGCAGCUACAGGAGGUGCAGCAGCAGCAACGAGCGGCAGUAGUCUACAUCCCUACGAUCAUUAUCCCUUUCGGGAGUCGCAAUCCGGACGUGCCACACCCUUUCCCGCCUGCCCCACAACCUCCUCUGCGGCAGCAGCAGCAUCCGCAGGAGCAACAGCCGCGACAGCAGCAGCGCCAACAGCAACAGCAGCCACGAAUCCUGUGAACAGCAGUAGCUCCUCCGCCUCCCCUUUGGCCAGCAAUGGCUCCAAUGCCUCCACCAACAGUUCAAGCCUUACCCUGCCACCAGCGAGCAGUGCCGCCAGCAAUGGCAGCACUGCGCCCAGCAGCAGCUCCAGCAACAACAGUGGGACCGCCACCGUGAGUCCUGGCACCAGCGACACCAGCGAUUCGGGCUAUGCAGAUGAUGACUCCACGCGAUCCAUCAACUGGAGUUCGGUGCUCAGCCUGAGCUCCCAGUCCGCGCUGGAUCCUUUGAAUAACAACGAUCUGUUCAACAUUCUGCCUGCGGCAGCCACGCCCACAGCUGUGCCUGUUUCUGUGGCAGCAGCAGCCUCCAGCUCCGCCUCCACGCUGGCCUUCAGUGGCAGCUUUACCACCGUGCAGGCAGGAUCCAACGGAAGCAGCAGCAGCGGAAGUGGCGCCACCAGCUCUAGCAACAGCAGCAGCAGUUCCUCCACCACAGCGACCUUCACCACCCUGUCGACCAUCUCGUCGGCCACCCACUCGCUGACGUCGUCGUAUGUGAGCAGCAUCAGCUCCAAUGUGAGUGCGGGUGCCAAUACCUGGGAGUACGGGUUCCUGGACAUGGAGUUCGGCCUGGGGUCAGAGUUCACGGAGCUGGUGCCCAGCUGCAAGCUCUCCUCGGACGAGCUCUUCAAGAGCGGCCUCAGCGGGCCGGUGGCCAGUGCGCGGCUCCACCACGAGAACGAGCUGGAGCAGCCCGCCCACAUUAUGGUCGGGAGUUAGUAUCAGUUGUAGACGACGACGUUUGGCGGCGCCCCCACCGCUGCCGGACACAGACAGGUGGUGGGGGAGCGUGCUGGUCAUGCUGCCCCCAACCACUCCUCCUGCGCCUGGUCGGGGCGCCACUAGAAAUUCCAAGCAGUAUUGAAAUGUGAAACAGUGGAAGGGAUUGUGCGAUAAAGAGAGAGAGCGAGAGAGAGAGAAUUAUGCUCAGGUUGUGAACGUGCAUGAAUAAUACCCCUUAUACCCCUCCUCCACCACCCUCAACCCACCCUUCCUUCCACCCUUCCACAAACACACACACAGAGAAGAAGAGCAAUGCGUAAAAGAGAAAUGUUCGAAAACUAAGCAAAGAAAACGAAACCCCAGACAGAUCGAAAAGCAAGCAAAACUAUUAGCAAAUUUUUGUAAGUGUAAAUAAAAAGAAAAAAAAAUGUAACUAGAUGUAACUAAGAGAUCGCGAUUAUAUAGAUUAUAGGCAUAUAGAUUAGUUGCAAUUGUUGUUGCCAGCGAGAGAGAGUUUUUCGAUUCCAAGCAAAACCAGAAGAAAAAUCACUAGAAAACAAAAACAACAAUUUAGUAAUUUGGAUAAACAAAAACACAACACAAGAUCAAUUAAUGAAACGAAAAAAAUAUUUUGAGUUUUUCGGCAAACACACAAAACAAAAUUGAAAAUUGAUAGUUGCAAAACAAAACAAAGCCGUUUACUAUUAUACCUAGGCCAUAAGUAUUAUUAUUUAUAUACAGAAGCAGCGGAUACAACAACAAAAUACCAGAAAACGAACAACUUAAAACAAAGUUUUAUAAA